ACUUCAAAUUUUGGAUAUACUUCACAUCAUCAGCCCAGUGGAUAUACUCCACUCCACUAGUAAGCUAAUUGAAUACACAAUCACACAUUUGCACAAAAGGAAAAUUAUCAAUUAAUUAAUUAAAAAAGACUUAAAUAUAAUAUAAUCAAACAAUAAUUUGCGUUACCUCACAAGUCACUUAAGGAAGGUGAUAACUGAUAAGAGAAAACACAUUCCCAUGCUUUACCGUUGUGAUAAUCUAGUUUAUAUUGUGGGCCUAAUAUUGCGGUUCGAAUUAUGAAUUAAUGACUAAAAUUAGUGGGCCUAACAGUAAUUAACAGUUUUAAUGGCCCGGAUCUAUUUGGGUUGGGUUAUACGGCCCGUCAAUGUAAUUUCAUUAUAAAAUGACUCGGGCUGGAAGUCAACUUGUAGUCUUGUACUCUACGACAACAUAUAUAUUAGUAUAUACUAAAAAUGUAUCUAUAUAUACACUACAGCAUCUCACGAAACAUCUUAUAAUUAAUCUCAGUGUCCUAAUUAAGAAUAAAUAUAUUUUUUUUAUAAUGGAAACUCAGUUAAUCUCCAAUGGGUUAAGAUACUCAACCCUGCCACGCAGCUACGUUCGACCCGAACCCGACAGACCCAAACUUUCUCGAUGUACGGAGUACCUCGAAAAUCCUAUGAUCGAUCUGGGAUGCGGCGACAGAGACUACAUAGUCCGACAAAUAGCACAUGCUUGUCAUCAAUAUGGCUUUUUUCAGGUGAUAAAUCAUGGGGUGUCGAAAGAGACGAUGGAGAAAAUGCUGCAAGUGUCAAAGGAAUUCUUCGAUUUGCCGGUGGAAGAGAAAAUGAAAUUAUACUCGAAUGAUCCGACGAAGACAAUACGAUUGAGCACGAGUUCUAAUCUGCAGAAGGAGAAGAUUCAUAAUUGGAGGGAUUAUCUUAGGCUCCAUUGUCACCCUUUGGACAAGUUUACUAAUGAAUGGCCAACUAAUCCCACUUCCUUCAAGGAAAUAGUGAGCAAUUAUUGCAUGGAAAUUCGGGAACUUGGGCUAAAACUGGAAGAAGCAAUAUCGGAGAGUUUGGGCCUGGAAAAAGAGUAUAUAACAAAUUUGGGGGAACAAGGGCAACACAUGGCAAUUAAUUACUAUCCACAGUGCCCGGAGCCCGAAUUGACAUACGGGCUUCCGGCCCAUACCGAUCCAAACACACUAACCAUUCUCCUUCAAGACACCCAAGUCACGGGCCUUCAGUUACUCAAGGACGGUAAAUGGCUCUCCGUUAAACCCUUCCCCAAUGCACUCGUCGUUAACGUCGGCGAUCAGUUGCAGGCGUUGAGCAACUCGAAAUACAAAAGUAGUUGGCAUCGGGCGGUGGUGAAUGCACACAAGGCGAGGAUUUCGAUAGCGACUUUUUUGUGCCCGUCAAACGACGCCGUUAUAAAAGCUCCGCGGGAACUGAUUGAAGAAGAAGAAGAAGAUUCAGAAGCAAUAUACAGAGAUUACACGUAUGCAGAGUACUACACCAAGUUCUGGAGCAGAAACCUUGACCAGGGCCACUGUUUGGAGCUUUUCAAAAAUUAGUUUUAUUUCCCUCUCAUUUUUAAAUAAAUAAUAAUACUCAAAUGUAUUUCUGAAUUUCAGUUAAUUACAGUUAUGUCCUUUUAUCACUACUCUGGUUGUUGAUCCAGCACUAUCUCGCCACGUGGCAUUUUUCUUUCUUUUUCUUCCUUUUUUAGUAUAUGCAUCAUCAGUACUUCAUCACCAUUACGUUUGAUGAUAAGCUCACUAUU